UGUAAUUCUGAAGAGGCUUCAUGUUCUUUUCAUUAAUAAAAUAUUGAUAAUCACUAAUAAGUUUUUACUCGUGCCACUUUUCCAUUCAGUUUCAUGUGAAUUAAUUGUUUUCCAUAGCCUUUUUGAGUUCAAUAGAGACAGUAUUAUUUUUCUGUGGAUAACCUUACUUUAUUUCUGAAGUCUAUAUCCAUUUAUAUCAUUGAUAUCUCGUCUUCUCAUAACCUCGCCGUUAUUGCUUAACGUUUUUCUGAAAAAAAGAAAUAAAUAUAAUAGUUAAUGAGAAUGUUGAAAUGUACGUAAAAAAUGGCUCUUUUAUUUCGUAACAGAUCGUUACUUGCAAAAAGAUCGUUGCCUUCAAAAAUCUUAUCCAGAGACACUGGUUACAUAGUUCUGAUUCCUGAGAUAGGAGAGGAUUUGCCCAAAAAGGGUUCAUUAUUGCAAUCGAAUGGUUUGCCGGAAUUCAGUAAUAUUAGUGUAGAAAAAUGUAUGGCUGCAAUCGGUGUUCAGGCUUUGGAGUUUGAAAAAGGCAUAAAAGAAAUUGAAAAACGAUUAGAGCAACAUCCUGACCCGGAUGUGUUUAUUCACAUUUUUCAACCUCUAGAUAUACUAGGAGCACCUUUAGAUGUGACAUGGGGUCUUUCUAAAACAUUGUAUUUAGGAAAUAACACAUCUAUGCCAACAAAUAAUUACUUGGCAAUUCACGAACAUGCUAAACGUGUGAGAGCAUCAAAAUUUAACUCUAAAAUUAUUUAUGAUUUAUCAAAAAGAGACCUUGGUGAUAAAAAAAGAACAAAUGAAGAAACACGCAUGGUAAAGAAAUUUGUUCUUGAAGGCAAGUUAAAUGGACUUGAAUUAGAUGAAAACAGGAAAUAUCAGCUAAGGGAAAAUAGGAAAAACCUACUAGAAGAAAUAGGCAAAUUUAAAAUCAAAAUUGAAACUGCUACCAAACAAUUCAAGCAUGUAAUAAAUGAUUUUUCAAUUGUACGAGAUUUCCCUGAAGACCUACUAAAGAAUAUGGCCGUUAAUAGUGAGAAACCCAAUGAAGGUCCCUGGGAAAUAAAGCUGUUAUCACAUAUUUAUCCUCGCUUCAUGGAACAUUGUCCAGAUAGAAAUUUGCGAUUUAAUGCUUGGCUUGCAUCAGUUACUGUAGGGGCUAUCCAUAGAUCAAAAGAUCUUGCAACUAGUGUACAUGUUGAACAAAUUCGGUUCUUAAGACGCGAACAAGCGAAUAUUUUAGGGUAUGAGACAUAUGCUGAUGUAUCAAUGGAAACCAAAAUGGCAGCUAGCACUUCAAACAUUAAAAGCCUCUUUAGAAAUUUAUUACAAGUUGCAAAACUCACCCAAGAUGAUGAGCUGAAUAAUUUGUACAAAUUUGCUAAAGAAAGAGGGUUUGAUGGGUCACAGAUGGAAUUGUGGGAUAUCCCCUAUUGGAGCAGAAAGCAACGGAAAGCACUGACGAAAUACAAAGAUGAAGAAAUAAGGGAAUACUUCCCCCUCGAAACUGUCUUGAAUGGCUUAUUUAGAGUAUGUGAGAAACUAUUUGAUAUUCAAAUUGCAUUCCGACAAGGGAUCUCCGUUUGGCACAAGGACGUCAAAUAUUAUGACAUUUUCGAAAAAAAUUCUCGAGAACCGACGUCAGGAUUUUACUUGGAUCUAUUUGCCAAUAAAAAUCAUGAGAAACCUGCACUUCAUAUGGACAAGAACUGGAUGGUAGCGAUUCAAAACAGAAGUAAAAUAGCGUCUACCAUGCCGCUGGCUGCAUUAAUAUUUAAUUACCGUCCGAUAGGAUUGAACCAGCCUAUCCUGCUUAGUUUUAAAGACGUCGAAACAUUAUUUAAUAAGUUUGGACAUGCUCUUCAACAUCUUUUGACGCGUACCACUUAUGCGGACGUAGCAGGAGUCUCAAAUGUCGAAUGGGACGUCGUUGAAACAAGCGGCCACGUUUUUUCUUACUUGCUUAACAACAGAAGUAUUCUGAGAACCGUAAGCGGGCAUUACGAAACAGGUGCCGUCAUGCCAGAUGACUUAGCUGAUUCUAUGUUCGAAAGUAGGAAAUUAACAGCUGGGCUCGAUCUUUGUCGGGAUAUGUACCUGUCUGCAUUAGAUAUUGAACUGUAUACAACUAAAGAGUACUGGCUCGAUGUAGUGAAGCGUCUUUGGCCCGAAUUUCGAAGCUUUCCCUUAGACAAGCUGGAUUCUCACCCGUGCUCCUUUUCCCAGAUUUUCUCUGAAGAUUGGGCUGCAUCAUAUUAUUCUCAUUUGUGGUCUCGUGUGAUCGCCGCCGAUAUUUAUAGCGCCUUUUAUGAAGUCAGAAAUGACGAGGAACAAAUUAGAACAAUAGGAAAAAGAUUUAGAGACACUUAUUUGGCUUUAGGUGGUAGCUACAGCCCCAACGAAGUGUUCAGAAUGUUUAGAGGGCGGGAUCCAUCGCAUAAGGCCUUAUUACGACUUUUAGGAAUAAAAAAAGACGGUCAAGUGCUGGUUAAAUAAUAAAUCGUUAUCUUGUAUAAAUAAAUUUUGUAAAAUCAGUUGAUAUCUGUGACUAUUACUGUUAGAUUAAUUGUACAGUUUCAAAUAAAUUUAAUUAAAAACUGUU